GCUCUAAUUCCUGCGGGACCACGAACUGUCCUCAACAUAAUGUCAUAAUGUGGUUAGUGUGUUGGGCUCGGGUUUAAACUUUGUAAAGGGUACUCGCGCAGACACCGCAUGGCUCAACCGGUCGCGCGCGAGAAGUUCUCCCGCCACGCGCGCGCGCACGCAGCUAUGUCUGUCCUUCGCUUGCAGAACGCCGUCCGCGUCGCGCGGCUUCGGGACUCUCUCGUCGGGGGCGCGCGAUCGCCUUCCUUUUUCUUUCUCGUGCUCGGCGGUUCGAAGACAUGAUCCCGCCCACAAACGUCACGGAUCCGAAGUGCUGCUGAAGCAGAAGAGCAUUUGGUGAGGAAACAGUAACACACAGACAAAGUGAGCGGGUGCGCGUCGCUGGAAGACAGGAACACACACACACACACACACGCACUCUGGCUGCAGUCGCGUUUCAGCAUCAGUCACCCAUCACUGCCGGGGCACCAUGCGGAGCGACAUUGGCAAGAUCGUGCUUUUACACCUGCUUCUGGCGGAGCUUCAUUCGACACAAGGGAGUACAGGUGAAUGUGAAACAGGUCAGUUCCAGUGUAACAACAAGAGGUGUAUCCCUACAAUCUGGAGAUGUGAUGAUGAUGACGACUGCUCCGACAACAGUGAUGAAGAGAACUGUCCUGCAAAGAAAACGUGCGCCCCGUCGGACUUCACCUGCAGGAACGGUCAGUGCGUGCCUGCUAGGUGGCGCUGUGAUGGCGAGCCGGAGUGCUCCGACGGCUCAGAUGAGGCGGACUCCACGUGCAGUAGACAGACAUGUCCGCCUGAGAAGUUUGACUGCGGGGGCUCUGCCAACAAGUGUGUGUCGUUGUCAUGGCGAUGUGAUGGGGAGAAGGACUGCGAGAACGGGGCGGAUGAGGAGGAGUGCGCUGCCGAUGCAAAGGCCUGCGCCCCUGAAGAGUUCCAGUGUGCAAACCGCCGCUGUGUGGCUGGGACGCUGCACUGCGAUGGCGAUGAUGAUUGCGGCGAUGGCAGUGAUGAGGCAACUUGCACGGCGUCCGCCACCUGCGGCCCUCACCAGUUCCGCUGCAACAGCUCUGAGUGCGUGCCACAGCUGUGGAGCUGUGACGGCGACCCCGACUGCGCCGAUCGCUCGGACGAGGCCGUGGAGCGCUGCGGGCGCCAAGCCGAGCCCUCCCAUCCGCGCUGCAGCACCAGCGAAUUCCAGUGCGGUAGUGGCGAAUGCGUGCGGCUGGCCUGGAAGUGCGACGGCGACACAGACUGCAAAGACAAGUCUGACGAGAGCAAAUGCCCGCUGCUGACAUGUCGACCAGAUGAGUUCCAGUGUGGCGAUGGCUCCUGCAUCCAUGGUACCAAGCAGUGCAACAAGGUGCACGACUGCUCUGACUCCAGUGAUGAGGCUGGGUGUGUUAAUGCCACCAAGUGUGAGGGGCCCCUGAAGUUUAUGUGCAAGAACGGGGAGUGCAUAGACAGCAGAAAGGUGUGUGAUUCCCAUCGGGACUGCAAGGACUGGUCUGACGAACCAGCCAAGGAGUGCGGCCUAAAUGAGUGUGCGAUCAACAAUGGUGGCUGCUCCCACAUCUGUAUGGACCGGAGGAUUGGCUACGAGUGCGAGUGUCCUGCGGGAUAUAAGCUGCUGGAUAAGAAGACGUGUGGAGACAUAGAUGAAUGUUCCAACCCCAAUGCCUGCAGCCAGAUUUGCAUCAACUACAAAGGAGACUACAAGUGUGAGUGCUACGAGGGCUACGAGAUGGACCCUGUGACCAAAACCUGCAAAGCUGAAGGAAAGACACCAUACCUGAUGUUCACCAACCGGCAUGAGAUCCGCCGCAUUGACCUGGUCAAGAGGGACUACACCCAGGUCAUACCCACACUCAAGAAUGUUGUGGCGCUGGAUGUGGAUGUGUCUGCCAACAAGAUGUACUGGUGUGACCUGUUCCAUCGAAAGAUCUACAGUGCAUACAUCAACAAGGCCAGUGACUCCUCCCAGCAGGUCAUCAUAAUUGAUUCCGCCCUUCACUCCCCCGGGGGCCUAGCCUUGGACUGGGUCCACAAGAACCUGUACUGGACGGAUUCUAGAGACAAAAGCAUCUCUGUGACAACUGUUGAUGGCAAGAAGAGGAGAGUCCUGAUCAACACAGAGCUGAGUGAGCCUCGUGCCAUUGCUGUCGACCCCAAGCAAGGCUUCAUGUACUGGUCUGACUGGGGCGCACAGGCCAAAAUAGAGAAGGCGGGUCUGAAUGGGGUGGACCGCCAGGUCUUGGUGUCGAAGAGCAUCGCGUGGCCCAAUGGGAUUACACUUGACUUACCAAACAGGCGGUUGUACUGGGUCGACUCCAAACUCCACCUCAUCUCCAGCAUUGACUUCAAUGGGGCCAACAGGAAGGUGCUCCUGUCUUCAACCGAGCAGUUGGGUCACCCGUUCGCGCUCACUGUGUUUGAGGAUCGAAUCUAUUGGACGGACCUGCAGAGCGAAGCCAUCUACAGCGCCAACCGGCUCACGGGUCACGAUGUGGCCACACUGGCUGAGCACCUCAAUGAGCCACACGAUAUUGUAGUGGUCCAUGAGCUCCGGCAGCCCAAAGCUCCAGACAGCUGCAACAUAGGGAGUGUUUCCAAUGGCGGCUGUGAGUACCUAUGCCUGAAAGCCCCCCAAAUCACAGAGCAAUCCCCCAAGUAUACCUGCGCCUGCCCCAAUGGGAAGGAGCUGGGCCCAGACAUGAGGAAGUGUGUCACAGCAUUGCCACCGGUAAAAUCGAAAACAACCACAGCAGGCCCUGUGUUGACCACCGUUCUAUUGACCACAUCUGGAGUAGCAAUGACUUCUUCUGCAAUCACUGCAUCUCCCAGCACCAUGACUGCGACAGCAGAGACCACUGCUUCCCUGAAGACAACUGCAGCUCCAGUACCACCCGGCCACUCCUCUGUGUCCAGCUUGGUCCCUGGCAGCAGAACGACACCUUCGCACCAGCGGCCAGUGCCGGGCCAGGGUUCGCAUUCAUCUACACAUACUGAAAUUAUUCCUGGGGAGAACAGUAAUCUGUCUCACCGUGCACCAAUUUUCAUCCUGGGAUUUGAACCUGCAGCUUUUCAGAACAACACUUCCUUUAACCACAGUUGUUUCUCCACUUUCUUUUCAGCUGCGAAUGAUCGCUACCUCCUUGGAAACCAUGUAGCUGUGGCGGUGCUGGGCAUCGUCAUCCCCAUAGCGGUUGGGGGGCUUUUGUGCGUCUCCGGCUACCUGGUGUGGCGGAACUGGCGAAGGCGGAGCACCAAAAGCAUGAACUUCGACAACCCCGUCUAUCGCAAGAGCGCCGAGGGUGAGGACGAUGAGAUCCACAUUGGCCGGGCCGAGUCCCUGGGACAUGUGUAUCCCCCUACCUCAGCUCCCGGCCAGCCCUUCAUCGCUCUGCCCCUUGGGAGUGGACCUCCGGAUGCCGGAACCCACUGGUACGCGGGACAGCCAGCGCUUACCAGUGCCAAGUGACACGUAGGACUCAAUGGGAUGGGACAACAAGGAAUGGGACAGCAGCAUCAGUGCACACACACUGACCCAUUUGACAUGGGCUGGACCACUCUAAGUUGGUUCAUGUGUCAUUUCCUUCCUGUAGUAACUAACAGCAUUGACUUGUUCUACUUUUUACGGACAGUGUUUUGGGUACAGUCUCUGGGUGCAUUCUAUGGGCUCUUUCUGUGAAGGGUCAGAUUAAUUAUUUUUACCUGUGUUACUCUCAUACAUAAUCUGUGAAGCCAUUUAAGAGCCCUUCCAUUUGACGUGGAUUCAUUCCUUCUAUUUAAAUGUCAGCCGCAGCCUUGUCUCAUUGUCUUUAGAAAGAAACUAAGCA